AUGAAGGAAAGACAACGUUGGAAGGCUGAAGAGGAUGAAUUGCUGUGUGCUUAUGUGAGAGAGUAUGGUCCUAGGGAAUGGAAUCUUGUGUCUCAGCGCAUGAACACGCAUCUCAACAGGGAUGCAAAAUCAUGCUUAGAAAGGUGGAAGAACUACCUCAAGCCUGGCAUCAAGAAAGGGUCUCUAACAGAGGAAGAGCAGCGACUUGUUAUCCGGCUUCAAGAGAAACACGGCAACAAGUGGAAGAAAAUUGCUGCAGAAGUUCCAGGUAGAACUGCUAAGAGGUUAGGAAAGUGGUGGGAAGUUUUUAAAGAGAAGCAACAAAGGAAGAAACAAGAGAUUAACAAAGCAAUUGGCCCAGUUGAUGACACCAGAUAUGAUCAUAUUCUAGAGACUUUUGCUGAGAAGCUUGUGAAAGAACACCCUUCACAAUCAUCAUACAUUAUGGCUGCUUCAACUGGACCCUUUAUCCACACAGAUGCAUCUGCAACUGCUCCUGCACCUGCAUCUGCAUCUGCAUCAUCAGCAGCAGCAUUGCUUCUUCCUUGGCUUUCAAAUUCUAGCACCACCAAUCCCUCACCAGCAACUAGGCCGCCUUCCCCUUCUGUGACACUAAGUCUCUCCCCCUCAACAGCACCUCCUCCCCCUUGGUUGAAUGUAAAAACUCCUCUUGGUGAUAACAUGGUAGUGUCAGAGUUAAUAGAGUGCUGUAAGGAGUUAGAAGAAGGGCAUCAUGCUAUGGUGGCGCAUCGGAAGGAGGCCACAUGGCGAUUGAGAAGGGUGGAGCUGCAGUUGGAGGCAGAGAAGGCAAGUAGAAGGAGGGAAAAAAUGGAGGAGAUUGAAGCUAAGAUUAAGGCCCUAGGGGAAGAACAGAAUGCUGCUUUGGAUAGGAUAGAAGCAGAAUAUAGAGAACAGUUAGCAGGGUUGAGGAGAGAUGCAGAAAGCAAGGAGCAGAAGUUGGUUGAGCAAUGGAAUGCAAAGCUCAAAAGGGUAGUGAAGUGUAUGGAACAACAAGUAGGAUGCAGAAUACCCCUGAUUGCUGAGCCUAAUGGAAGGUAA